AUGCAUUCGCAUUCAGGUUGUCACAAUAAUGACGAUGAUGAUGAUGAUGAUUGUGAUGGUGGUGUUGGUGAUGGUAACCAUGAUAAUGAUGCAAAUUCUAAUUUUUAUCAUUACCGCAGGGGUUCCAAGGACCACAGGGAUCGCGUGGCAAUACAGGCCCCCGAGGAGUUAAGGUACAAAUGCUACUGUUACGUACUCAUUAUAAUAGGCCACUUCCGAGUUUCAAAAACCCUCACUUUCAAAAUGAGGCCAAGUGCACUACCUUUCUGGUUGAAAUGAGUUUUAUUUGCAUGAGAAUGAAAAAUCAUUUCCAUAUCAAAGGCUGAGCACUUAACCUCGUUUUGAAACAGAGGCCCGGGGGAACUCGGAAAUGACCUAUUGCUUAGCACACUGAUUCCUGAACUUAUUUCACUCAUUUCUUGUCACCAUAAAAAUAUAUUUUACUAUUUAAUUCUGUCUGCAAUAUGACUUCCAUUAACCCAGCCUUAGUCUAUAGAACUAUUAGGUUGCGGUCAUCCACACAUCGCGCCAUCUUAAGAAGAAAUAGAGAGCAAGCCUAAUUUUGUCCCAGUAUGUUGCAUAUGCCGUCACUGAACGUAAGUGAAAUAUGCUGUCUUACUAGGAGUUUUUCCCAAACCAGAAAAGAGAGCAGAAAAUUAUGGGAAGAAAAAGGCCCUAGGGGGUAAGAGUGAGGGAACGCCUGUAGUACGCUCUUUCCGGUACGCCAGAUUUCUUUAAUUUGAUUGGUUUAUUUUAACAGCCCUUGUCAACACAACUCUAAGGUCCAUUACCUUGAUUACUAGAGAUAAGAUGGUGAAGUGAUCGUAAUAAGCAACGCCGUGAAUGUAGAAUAUAUUAUUAUCUUCGAAGAACAAAAAAAACGUUUUGAGGAGGGAUCUCGUCAAUGGAAAAUAGGUAUUCGCAGUUUACCAUUAUAUAUUGGCUUGUAAACGAGUUCUUUUCUCUCUUCAGGAAUAAUAUGCGUAGAGUCAGUUUAUUAAACUUUUUACAGUAUGCAAGCGGUUACUCAAGUUCAACACUUCAACGGGGUUGGAGUGGGGAAAGCGUGGAAGAAUUGGCUGUCAAUUCAGAAGAGACGAAACGCGACUGUGUUCACCCUAAGAGUCCUCAAAGCUGGCUGUCAAAACAUUCACCUGAAUAUUUAAACAGCCCAAAGAUAUUUUUAAGGGAUGGUUUCAUGAAAAGAUACCGAUGAAUUAAUCUCGGAACAUGCUCAGUUAUCUGAAAUUUUGAGAUCUCAACGCACGCCGUCCAAAGCUAAGCGUGGAAGCUAUAGUCAUCAAAUUCAAAAUUAAUUAACAACAUUUAAAAAUACGAAGAAAAUGAUCACAAAGAAAUGGUCGCUAGACUAUGAUCUGCCUGAAAAUCACCGGAAGAGAAAGUGGAACGUGUUUUACUUACCAAUUUUUAGGGUUUUAGAGAUGUCGUACACAGAAAACAACUAUAAAAGAUUCCUUUUCUCUGAAUACAUACAUACUUUUAAAAAGUAAAAAUUCAGUAAACAGUGCUGUCUGUCACCCGUUGACAAUUAUUAAAACCGCAACCUUACAUAGGAUAACUAGCGAUAAAGUGGGGGGAAUAAUCUUUUAAAAACUAAUCCCACAGGCGUUCCUUCCUCUCCCUCUCUCCCUCUCAAAGACACAUCCACGUGACCUUAUUUUUUCCCGCUCUCUGACUUCGCGCCGCACUCCACUAUCACGUGCAAGAGGGACGUAAACACAGGACGUCCAAUUCUUCAAUCUCUUUCUGAACGAAGAUACAAUCUCAGUGAUUCAGUUCUAGAAGAAUUCUUUUACAUUAGACAAAUCGACUGAGUUGAUAUAAUGGCGAGAUAAAAAAAGGAAGGCGAAAUGAACGUCUUCGCUACCGUCGUGGUAAUGUAGUCCAUGUAUCUUAAGAUCCCUCUUUGGUAUUUGUAUACAAAAUCGAUAUUUUAAUAAAUUACCAGCUAUGAUUAUGAUCUAGGACUCAAGCUUAUAUUCUUUAUGUUUUGAUUGUAAAAAAGGGUUUCGGGUGCGAAAAAUCACCGGGAGUUCGGGGAAGAAGAUUUCUAGUUAUAUAUUUGUGUAUCGUUAAAACAGGGUUCCCGAGGAAACAAAGGCUCUCAAGGUAGCUCAGGAAAUCCAGGACCGCCAGGUCCCCCAGGACCCCCAGGAUCAGUCACAGGCCUGCCAGUAAGUGUCUUUGAUAGCAAGAGAUUCAAGUUUACAGGCAUACAAAUAACACACUGCGACUGAUAGACUGAUCUUGUACCUGCGUCAUCAACAUAUGUCAUGUAAGCGACUAAUUUACUGUUUACUAUAUUUUUAGAGCAUACCCAGCUUGAAAGGACCUUUAAUUCAAGUCAAUACCGUUCCUGAUACAGGCGCUGCCAUGGCA